UCAUCAUGUAAAUUGCAAUUGCAAUAGUUAUCGUUUGAAGUUAUAAUGGUUAUAUGUGUCUUGUGAUACUAUAAAUUUCUUUGAUUAUAUAAUUUCUUAUGUCAUCAUAAAUUUGUGAUUUGAUCGAUCACACAAAUUUAGAAAUAUCUGAUUACACAAUUUCUCUAAAUUGAUUUCUAAUCACUUUACAAUUUACCUUGUUAAGUUUGAUUCACCAAACUCAUACAACAACAACUCAUAUACUCAUAGAAGAGAGGAGUAACACAUUAGUUCGAAUAUCAAACGAUAUUGAUUGUCACCCACCCUUAUUUAUUUUACGGUACUUUUAAAUUUUUACUUGGCCCUCUCUUUGUUCCCCUUCGUGUAACGGUAGAGAUCAUAAAUAUUACAUUUCAAUCCCGGUUAAUUUUAUAGACAUUUCCUUUCACAGUCAUAUACUCAGAUCAUCAUGAACAAUCAACCGUCUGGUAAUAAUCGGCAGGAUGAUAAUGAUGUGAAUCAAGAUCAGAAUCAAUCUCAAUCUCAAUCAGGUCCAAGAAGAGCUCCUUCCCUGGCGUCUACAUCCUCCAACCCCAAUACCACCAAUGCUCCUUCUCAUUCAGCUAAUUCCAAUCCCGAUGAUACCGAUCCUAAUAGAGUCCAUAGAACUCAUAUGAAUCUCUUUGAUAGAUUCAUGGAUAAUAUCCGAGAUAGAAGUCGAAGAUCAACUACCACAAACCCAACUACUGAUACUCCAUUCCCAAGAGCAACUACUACUAUUACAAGAAAUGAAAGAGCUACUUUAAUAACUGAAACUCAUAAUCCUACUGAUUCCGAAAGUUCAAAUUCAAAUUCAUCAGGUUCUGCUACUGCUGGUCCUGGUCCAAAUACAAAUACAAAUCCUAAUCCUAAUGUUGAUCCUACUAAUAAUAUCGAAAAUGAUGAUUCAAGAUCAAUUGUUAUUACCGUUAAUUAUGUAUUCUCUGAUGAAAAUAAUCCUCGAUUCCCUAAUAGAGCAGGUUCAUUAAUCAUGUCAUUACCUAAUAAUUCCACCAAUAGAGAUCCAAGAGCUAUACAAGAAUUUAUAAGAAUAGCAACUCAAAUGGCUUAUUCAUCAAUUUUACAUGGGUUACAUAAAGAAAAAGGUAUAACAGUUGAUAAAUUUAAUUCAUUCCCUAGUGUUCAUGAUUUUAAUGAUGAUGAAGAUGACGAUAAUGACUCAACCCAUAGAAAUCAUAAUAAAACUUGUUCUAUUUGUUUUGAAAAUUUUGAUAAUUUAAAUAAAGAAUUGAAUAUCAUUAAUAAUGAAUCUGGAAUUAAAGAUAAUAAUGAUGAAGAUGUUGAUAUUGAUAAUGAUGGUGAUACAGAUUCAAUGGUUAAUGUUAAAAAAAGAAAAUUACGUACCGGAACUGUCGAUCCAACCGAUAGUAGAUCUAAUAGUAGAAAUGGAAAUCGAUCUCAACCAUCAGCCACUGCUACCCCUGAACCAUCAACUACAACUGAAUCGGGUCCACCUCCGACUUCAGGUCCAGCUCCAGCUGCAUCAUCUACCAGCCCUGAAACUCCACCUCCAAACCCUAGAACUGAAUAUUUAUGUACUUAUACGGGCCUGUUUGAUCAUUCCGCUAUUAAAAUGCCUUGUGGUCAUAUCUUUGGUAAAGAAUGUUUAAGUGAAUGGUUGAAAGAACAUACUACAUGUCCAUUGUGUAGAUCAUCUGUGGCUGAAGAAUCUUCUGCUAGUAGACAUCUUGAAAAUUUUACUUUAAUUAAUUUACCAUUUGAAAGAUCUGUUGAUCCAAAUACUAAUUCAUCUGCUAAUAAUGCGGCUGGAGUAUCUGAUAAUGUCAAUGUUACUCAUGAAUCGGAAACAGUUCCAAGACCUAAUACUGAACCAUCAGCAACUUUUACAUCAAGAAGUAUUCCUAUAAAUGUUCCUGCUGCUUCUCCGGUCCCAACCAAUGGUCCACCUCCACCACCUGCUGGUACUGCAGUCACAUCACCAAAUUUAUCAUCCGUUACAACUCCAUUUUAUAAUUCAGGUAAUAGAUUUCAUUAUUUUGGUAUUACAAAUUCAGGUCUUGAACCAUCAUCAUCAUCAUCUGCUUCAUCUAUUAAUCCAUCACAACCACAACCAAAUUCGCAUCGUUCAUCAAGAUCAAAUUCAGGUGGAGCCCUUUCUCAUUUGUUAGGAUACCUUCGUAGACCAAGAACUAAUUCCGAUCAAGAACCUGAAGUCAUUUUCCCAGCUGGAAUGUCAAGUAGAAGAACCAAUAGUGGAGUUGAAACUUUUGCUGUUGAUUCCAGUGAUGAUAUUGCUGAUUUAUUAAAUUUAAAUUCAUUAGUUCGUCCCCAACCAGAUAAUAAUAAUGAUGAUGAAGAUGAUGAAGAUGAAGCUACUACAAAUUAGUUUAUUAUUUAUACCCACCAUUUCUAAAUUUGUAUAUAUA